CUCUCAAAUCCCACUUCCCUCCCUUCAAUUCCCUCUCCCUUUCCCUCUCUCCCUCUCCCUCUCCCUCUCCCUCUCUCCCUCAUCCCCCAAAUGGGUACUGAAACGCUGCGUUUAGCAGUCGGCAUCAUGGGCAAUGCUGCUUCUUUGCUGCUUUUUAUCUCACCAGUAUUAACUUUUAGAAGGGUGAUAAGGAAGAGAAGCACAGAGAAAUUCUCAUGCAUACCUUACAUAAUUGCACUGUUAAACUGUCUUUUCUAUACAUGGUAUGGAUUGCCGGUGGUCAGCAUCAGAUGGGAGAAUUUUCCGGUCGCCACAAUCAACGGCUCCGGAAUCAUCUUUGAGUCAUCUUUCAUUCUUGUAUACCUUUGGUUCGCCACCAACAAAGGCAGGAAGAAGGUGGCUGCUGUGUUGAUUCCUGUUAUCAUCCUCUUCACGGUCACAGCCUUUGUCUCAGCUUUCGCCUUCCACGACCACCGUCACCGGAAGAUGUUCGUCGGCCUCAUUGGUCUCAGUGGCUCCAUCGGCAUGUACAGCUCUCCUUUAGUCGCUGUCAAGCGAGUAAUAAAAACGAAGAGUGUAGACUUCAUGCCCUUCUACUUAUCUUUCUUUUCGUUCCUCGCUAGCUCACUCUGGCUCGCUUAUGGAUUACUUAGCCACGACAUUGUUCUUGCGUCACCGAAUCUUGUGGGUUGCCCCGUAGGAAUCGUCCAGCUUGUCGUGUACUUUAUGUACAGGAAGAAAGGAGUCAUAUUGGAAGAACCAGAGACAGUAGAUGUAGAACAGAAUGCAGUCAAACCUGCUGACCUACAGCUUGUCAUAAAAGUUGACAAUGAGAAUUGCAAGAGUUGACCAAUUGAGUCAAAUUAAUCAAGAACCCUGGGAAACUUUCCAUCAGAUUGCAUCCAAUAAACUUCUCUCAGCAGCUGUAGUUCAAAGGAUCAAGCCUUCUGAUUUUGUUUUUGUAACUUUAGUUAGCAGCUGUUCUUAUUAUAUAAUUUCAUAUAUAUAUAUAUGUAUAUACACAUAUAUGUAUGUAUAUGAAGAAACCCACUUAUGAAAUCAGAGUACAUAUUUAUUGA